UGUGUAUUAUUAUCAUCUGUGAUGUCAUACUCUUGGUCAAUGUCUGAUGACAAUUCUAGCUUUAGCAAGAACAAAUAUAUCACCAGUUGGGUAUGAUCCAUUGCUUUUUAUGUGUUUUUAUGUUUGCUCUAACUUUGUAUCUUGUUCAGUUUUAACUCGUUUUUUUAUUUAUAAAGACCACUUCCCUUUGGACUUUUAUAAAUGGUGAAAUUUAAAAUAAUCUAAAUAUUUCCACGGUUUGAACUCUCGCUAGAAAGCCAAUGGAACAAUCCUCUUUACUUCCAGAUAUAAAAGCUGGAAAUGAAAAAGUCUCAUGGCCGAUACAAGAUGGCUCCGAAACAAAUGAUGAAAUCACGCAUUAUAUUGACCUUGGAUCGUAUCCUCAUGUCUGCUUGGGAAACAUCAACAAAUGCGACAAUGGAUUUACAGUAUCGUUAAACUAUAAAGCCCCAGAAGAUGGCGAACUUGAAGACCGCUAUAUUGUGUCAAAUGGCGGGCAGUCAGUGCUAUCAGAGGGGUUUUAUUUCCGUCAGAUACAUGGGAAAGAAUAUCAGAUUGGAGUAACCAAGGCCAGCAAGGAGUGGCUUGUAGAGUUUACAUUCCAGGGGGCACAAUGGCAUCAAAUCACUUGGACUUGGAAUGAAACAAACGGGCUUAUUGUAUACAUCAAUGGUCUUAGAACACUCAGUGACAAAACUGGUACUGAGCGAUUUUAUGUCCCUUAUGGUGACAUCGAUCCGUUUCCCCGGCUUGUUGUGGGUAAAUCCAAUUCAGACCCUAGACAAGAUGUUACCCUUGACACACAGCUUACCAACUUGACUCACUGGGAAAGCGUUCUCAGCCAUGAAGAAAUACUUAACGUGGCAGCGUCAGUGCAACUUCAAUGUGCAAAGAUAUAUGAAAGCUCCAGAUCUGACCUUGACAUCAUUGAACUCUCUCAGUCACCAUACCCGCAAGCUUGUUUGGACCGUUGCAUAGGGUUACAUUUUGAAAUGAGCCUUUUGUUGGACACUCAAUGUGCGUGUAUAUCAGAUUUCUCACCAAAUGUAGUGUCCUGCGCCAGUGCUGGAGUGUGGGCAGUCAUCCCAACCUUUAUCGUGACCAUGAAAGAUUAUGGGAUCAAUUUGAAUGUCACGCACACUAAACCAACUGAACAUGAUUACAUUCGGCCUGGUGAGACUGUCACCUUUGACUUCCAUACCGCCACUGAUGAAGAUACAAUUUUCAUUGUUGAUUUCGGCGAUGAGACUAAAAAGGAAACAGGCGACUAUUUCUCAAGCCACAGUUGGCAAGAUGAAGGCUCUUAUAAAGUUAAUGUGACUGCUAAAAAUAGGAAAAAAUCCGAGAGCAAAGAAGUGGAAAUUAUAAUCGAAAAUGUUCAUGAAGGUACAGCUCCACAAUACACUCAGCUGUCUGCAAGUCAUCUAGAAGGUUCCAACAAAGUGAAGAUUGACAUUGAUGCUUUCAGUUAUGAACCAACAGAGUGUCUGGUUCAAUACGGCGACAAUACAGAGGUAUCUUACAGCAUCAGCGCAAACGACCUUAGUCUUCAGGAAAGUAAUCCGCAUACGUAUGCUUACCCUGGACCGUACAUUCUUGCUAUAAACUGUAGCAAUGCAUACGGAACUGUUGAUAACACCCUAGAAGUGAUUAGUCAAAACAAUAGACUGGACUAUGCUAAACAGAGUAUAGGGGAAGCUAUGGUGGUUGACGUGGAAAAUGGUGCUACGAUCUCUGAUGAGCUUGAAGUCUAUGUGGAUGACGGUAUAGUGGAAGAUGAUAUGUACAGUAUAGCUGAUACAUCCCUUACUGUAAGGCCAGAUGUGAUCACCCUCAGUGGCCACCAUGAUGUACAUCUCAUAUACAAGGACCAUUCCUUACUCAGACAUGUGUACAACGUCCAGGAAGACAUAAAAGAUAUCAGAAUUGAGAUACCUAAAGCUCAAGAUGAGGUCUCUGCUCCAAUUGAUAUUGUCUUUCAUAUUCCUGAAGGUGACCAUGUUAACGUUAGACUUGAUUACGGUGAUGGCAAUGUGGAGUAUGUAUACUACAGACAUCCUGUUAAACCAUUAGUUAUACGAAGAUCACAUGCUUAUGACGCCCUAGGACUGUACCAGGUUUCCAUGGAAGCAGCUAAUGACAUCAGUUAUUACAACGCAAGCUAUGAGGUGUCUAUCGAACGACCAAUACAAAAUGUUACAUUUUACGCUCGGAAUGUCACGACCAUUGCAGAACCUGUGUUGUUCACAUUUCUUGUCGAUCUUACCGUACAAGAAUCUAUGCCAGUAUGGGCUACAUUUACUUAUGGUGAUGGCGAGAAUGAAAAGGUUGAACUUGGAGAAAGGAAUACCAUUCCGAAGCCUCUGCAAUACAGACGGAAGUACAACACUCAUGGGAUCUUUAAUGUCACUGUUGUUGUUUCCAACAACAUUAGUUCUGUUCAUGUUUGGAAUUUGCUUCAUGUUGGUGAAAAUUUAACAUUUGUUGAUUUAUGGACCAAAACUGACCGAGUUGAGGUUGGCAACCCAGUUGAUAUUGAAAUAGUUGCACCGACUGGUUCAACAUUGAAGUUUGAGCUCGAUAUGGGUGAUGGCACAACGAUUAUGGUGCCUGAUCCUGGUGUUGAUCCAACAACCACGCCAAACACAUUCUAUAUAACAGGAAAUUCGACAUCAUCUAAUGAAACAACCACACAGGUUGUGAAAACCAUCACGAAUUCUUCAAAUAUUGAUGUGACAACUCCAUUAGUUUUGGUUAGAAGGAAGCGGAGCAUUGUGAAUCCAACUGAAGGUUUCAAUGCUACAAAUCUUCCUGGUGUUGUUACCAUGGUGAUGAAUGGGACUCUGAUCAAUACAACUGGAAUUCCGAGUAACACAACAGAUCCUAUAACAACCUUUGAGACAUUGACAACCCCUGCGCCAGAUAUCGAUUACGAAGCCUUUGAACUAGAAUUUGAAACCCCAAAUCUGAUUCAAAAUGCUGUCAUCCAUGUAUAUCAUGUAUAUGAUUCUCUAGGGAGUUAUGAAAUCGAAAUGAAGGCUUCAAAUGAGUUCAGUAAAGAUGAAACGUGGUUAUGUCCCCAAAUUAUUGUAGCAGAAGCAGAGAAUGAUGAUUCAUGCCUAGAACCUGAUGUUACCCUUGAUGUAGGUGUAACCACCCAGGAUGCCCCAUAUGAGUUCAUGAAAUCACUCCCGAUGCCAAUCAAUGUUAUAGCUGAAAAUCACUGCGGAGGGGAUGCAAUGACAUAUACAUGGAAAGCAUUCAAAAUAACCCCAGAUGGAAAUGGUACUUUGGAAAGACCUGCGUUGGAGAUAUGUGUUAUGGAGAGUAGUGAUGGUUUAUAUACAAUGCCAGCAAGGACCCUUGAUUAUGGUCUUUACAGGAUGUCUGUUACUGUUUCAUACACGAACCACAAACUAAUUACUUCAACAAAGGAAAUGUUUGUAAAUAUUGGAAAGACACCGCUGACGGCUGAGAUAUUGGGAAAACAACCUUUUAAUGUACCAAAGUUUAGAGAUUUGAUAAUUGACAUGACUCCCUCUGGAGAUCCCGAUGUUUCACAAACAGAACCCGAUCCUUUAUUAAAUCUGGACCUUUUCUGUUUUAAAGAAGAAACAGAAUCCGAAAUCUCCGAUAUUGAGUUGGAUGUUUUUAAAAAUGAGAGUAUGAUUAUGGCAAAUGACUCAUCGGUUGUCUUUUACGAUUACAACUGCUUUGAUGACACUUCACCAGAUGUAUCAUUUGAUGGAAAAAUCAUGUCUUUCCCAGCCGAAGUACUUAGGCUUCCACCGACAUAUAUCUUUAAGUUAUACGCAACGAAGGACACAAGAUCCAAUUCAACAGAGUUCAAUGUGAAGAUUUGGUCGACUGAGAUAACGGAUGAUCUGUUUGCAAAUAUCGAUGCUCUCCUGAACAGUGGUGAUACCAGUGCAGCUCUUAUGGUUAUAGGGAGUGCUGCUGAUACCAUAAACAAUGUUGGGGAUAAGAACGACAGUGAUGCCAAGGCAGAGAGAACCAAACUCAGAGGAAAGCUUUUGAAUGCCCUGGAAUCUUGUUCUGAUAACAUAAACAAACCCGACCAGCUUGAGGCAACAACUGGAGCACUUACUGGGGUCACUAAAGCAAAGGAUGAGUGCACUCCAGAAAGUAAAGGCACAGCUGGUUCGGCAUUGGGCAAGCUUGGAGAAACAGUUGGGCAGUUUGAAGCGCUUGAAGCAAACAAUGUAGAAGACAUAACUGGCGGUGUAUUAAAUACUGCAGCAAACAUUCUACCCGAACCAAACGUAGAGGUAAAGAAGUCUGACAUUCACAAAACAAAGAAAUUUGUAGUGAGCGAACUUCAAGAUGCGCAUGGUGAUGACCUUGGUAAUGAAACCGAGGCUCAACUUAAAGAGAUAUUCCCCGACCCAUGCUGCGUGAAUAACACAGUCAUAGACAUUCAGACAGGAAUGGAGAGAACGAUCUGCGACCUUUGCAAUGAGGAGGAGAUUGAGUUCCUCUGCGAUGAGCCAGAUGAUGUUAUUGAGGAAUAUAUCCAACUGUGUCAAUUUGAGAGACCAGAAUUGCGAGCGGAAAAGUUUGAACUGAUGCUCGAAGAUCGAGAGGAUAAAGUCGGUGCACAGAGGUGUUUGGACAAGAAAACCACAGAUGGCAGCAUUGGUGCACUUGGAAAUGUUGGCAAUGUUUUGGUGUCAAAAAUGGAUGAAAAUGCCACCGUAGAGUUCGCAGCCCCUGGUCUGCAGUUUAAGAUUGCCAAAGUGAAUUCUAAUAGCACAGGCAACUCGACCAACAGUAGCAUGGGUGGAGGCGGAGGAGCAUUUAGCCUGCCCCCUACUGAGAGUGAAGGGAAUGAAUCAGUAGGCGUUCAGUUCAUGGCUGCAGAUAAGAAUCCAUAUACAUGGGAUGAGGACUCGGCAAUGUCGGGCUCUAGUGUUGUUGGAAUAGAUAUGACAUUCCCUAAUGGAACGAAGAAACCAAUGGACAACCUGACUGAACCGUUCUCAAUUAUGAUCAAAAGUUCUACACCGACUGAAAAUCUUUUCAACAAAAGGUUCAUUCCACACGUGGAGAAGAUCAACUACCAUGACGUCACAUUGGCUAAGAAUGGAUCUUCAAUACAUUUUGUUGUCUUCCCCGAUGAGAAAUAUAUAGAUGAUAAAUUCAUGGUAUAUUUAGCAUAUGGCGUUAUCCCUAACGAGACAUAUUUUGACUACUCCACUGUUAUACCAAAUGAUGAUGAUUUUGAAACUGACAACGAGGAUAGACUGAGAGAAUUACGACACACAGCGUUCCCUCCUCAGAACAUCACCAGUCUCAAUGGGACAUACUAUGUAGGGAUAAAAUUGUUAGAGACUAAGAUGGUAAUGAGUGAACAAUUCAACCACUCCUAUACAUUCAGACUUUACGAGGCAAAGUGUGUGUUUUGGAAUGAAACUACACAAAAGUGGGCCUCGGAUGGGUGUGAGGUUGGACCUUUGACGAUAUCUACAGAGACUCACUGUUUGUGUAACCAUCUCACAAACUUUGGAGGUGACAUGGUCGUUCCCCCAAACACGAUCGACUUCAGCACCGUAUUCGCCAAGUUCGCUAAGCUAAAUGAAAAUGCUGCCGUCUUUUCUACCGUCGUUUCCAUUCUGAUUCUCUACAUCUUGGGUCUUAUAUGGUGCCGUAGGAAAGAUAAGCUCGAUCUGAUAAAGUGGGGUGCACGACCUUUAGAUGACAAUAUCCCAAGCGACCACUAUCAUUACCAAAUGACGGUUUUCACGGGAAUAAAGAAACAUUCCACAACACGUUCUAAGAUUAGCUUUAUCCUGUCUGGCGAUGCAGGGGAUACAGGCGUACGAAGACUAUACGAUGGCAAGAAUAAGAGACUUUAUGGAGACCCUGUAUUCCAGUCCGACUGGUCAUACAAAGCACAUUUGCAAUGA